GUGAGCGCAAUAGGAGGAUAAAAGUCACCUUGAUUUUCAUUUCAAAGUCGGUUUCUUUCUCUCAAUAUUCGUUUAGAAAAGUUUUCUACUCUUCUAGUCUGCCCUUCACUUGUGUACUGAUUUCAAGCUUCUGCCAUGGCUGGUACACCGCCUCUUUCCCUUUCCCAUCGAAUAGAUGUGUUUUGGCACGAGGGGAUGCUCAAUCACGACACCGGCUCUGGGGUAUUCGACACCGGAGAAGAUCCAGGUUUUCUCGACGUCUUGGAUAAACAUCCAGAAAACUCUGACCGGAUCAAGAACAUGGUUUCCAUUCUCAAAAGAGGACCUCUCUCUCCUUUCAUCACUUGGCAUUAUGGACGACACGCACUCCUCUCUGAAUUGCUUUCUUUCCACCAUCAAGACUAUGUAAAUGAGCUCGUUGAAGCUGAUAAAAAUGGAGGAAAGGUUAUGUGUUGUGGAACUUUUUUGAAUUCGGGUUCUUGGGGUGUCUCACUUCUUGCUGCUGGUACUACUCUUUCAGCAAUGAAGCAUGUUCUUGAAGGGCAGGGCAAUAUUGCUUAUGCACUUGUUAGGCCUCCUGGACACCACGCUCAGCCAACUCGAGCAGAUGGCUAUUGUUUCUUGAACAAUGCUGGUCUUGCUGUUCAUUUGGCUUUAAAUUCUGGCUGUGAGAAAGUUGCUGUUGUGGACAUUGAUGUUCACCAUGGAAAUGGAACUGCUGAAGGAUUUUACACGUCCAACAAAGUUUUGACUAUUUCCCUUCAUAUGGAUCAUGGUUCCUGGGGUCCUUCCCACCCUCAAAGUGGAUCCAUCGAUGAGCUCGGUGAAGGACAGGGUUAUGGCUACAAUUUGAAUAUACCUCUGCCAAAUGGAACAGGGAACCGUGGAUAUGAAUAUGCCAUGAAAACAUUAGUUGUCCCAGCAAUCCAGAAGUUCGAGCCACACAUGAUUGUUUUGGUUGUAGGCCAAGAUUCAAGUGCUUUCGAUCCAAAUGGAAGGCAAUGCUUGACGAUGGAUGGCUACCGGAAGAUUGGGCAGAUAAUUUCGGAGCUGGCAAAGAAGUACAGUAGUGGAAGCUUGCUUAUAGUCCAAGAAGGAGGAUACCAUGUUACUUAUUCAGCUUAUUGUCUUCAUGCCACACUUGAAGGGAUACUCAACCUAUCGCCUCCUUUGAUAUCUGAUCCUCUUGACAGUUACCCAGAAGACGAGGCUUUUUCUGUGAAGGUCAUUGAUUUUAUUAAAAAGUAUGAAGAUGAAAAUGUGCCGUUCUUAAAAGUGUAGCAUCCUUUUAAGUAUGUAUAUAUCUGUAUUGGUUGAUGCUUCUUCUCUAUAGUUGGAUAAAGCUUUAUAAAGUUUAGUUGACAUAA